ACUUCCUCAGAUUCUUUGAUCCCUUCAAUGUCGAUCGGUUUUUGAGGUUGUGAUGCCAUCCACCACAAUUGUCUGAAUUUUAUCUUUGGAUGAUCAGUCUCUACAACAGGUUUGGAGGCCAUGAGGACAUCAGGACCUCUGAGCAGUGGUGGAGUGGGGCGGGUGUUGCGAUCGCACACUUCGAAAGCCCUGCCGGUCUCGAAGAUUACGUUGAAGGUGAAGACGGGGGCGAAGAAGGGAAACACUGGUGCGGGAGCUGUGGCGGAGCUGGAGAAGAAGCACAAGACGAGCAUCACCACGAGAAUCGUUUCUAAAACAGAGGUAAAACUGGGGGCUAGUACGAGUCCAACCAAAAUAGACGACCUCACUGUCACAAUUUCGGAUCGUUCGUGGACGGUUACGCUAUCAUCAGCGGACGCCAUAGCAGAAGCAACGAAGCACUUGCUCGCAGCCGAUGCAAACCUCGCGUGCGUCAUUCAGAAAUCGAAUAGCCCACCGUUUGAAAAUGAUGGCAACAGCUUCGCUGCUUUGGUUCGAAGCAUUGUGAGCCAGCAGCUUGCCGUGAAGGCUGCCGCUACAAUCCACGCACGCCUCGUUGCACUAUGCGGGGGCCCACAGAAAGUGACGCCUGCGGCCAUCGCUGCCCUGACAGCAGGAGAACUACGAGGAGCAGGGAUCUCAGGUCGGAAGGAAGUGUAUCUCCAUGACCUAGCAGACAAGUUGGUGUCAGGAGCACUAUCGGAUGAGAAGCUCAUGGCGAUGGAGGACGAGGACGAUCUGGUGACAGCAUUGACCGCUGUCAAGGGCAUCGGGGUCUGGUCCGCGCACAUGUUCAUGAUCUUUCACUUGCAUCGACCAGAUGUGCUUCCUGUUGGCGACUUGGGCAUCCGUAAAGGCUUCCAGAAACUGUUCCACCUCAAGCACUUGCCAUGCGCCGAGGAGAUGCACAAGCUCGCCGAUUCCUGGCGACCAUAUCGAUCUCUUGCAUCGUGGUACCUCUGGCAACUCAAAGACGCAACAACAGCCUUGAACAGGUAGCCUUGAACUGCAGCGUUUCUAGGUUUAGGGAUAGGGUUGUUGUGUUGUAUCUUUGUGAUCUCCAAUUCUUGUAUUUUCAUUUUAGAUAUAUUUCUUGUGAUCUUUAUGUAAUUUUCUAUUUAUUUGUAUGCUUUUAUACAGAGACAUUUUCUCUUUUGGAGCUUGAAUUUUUUUUUUU